GACAUCAGACAGGGUCUAUGCAUCUGUGUUUGCGCACAUAAUGAUUUUCUAGUAUGCCGGCAUGAACAGUACCGGUAGAUAACAAUGCGUGCGUGCAGGUAACGCCUAAGCAGAUUUGCUGACGGACAUCUACCGACAGUGCAGUCCGCGUCUGGCACAGUUCCGCCGGAUCCGGAUCUCUCUCUCUCUCUGCUGGGUGUUUCUGAGUCAUUGCCCACUGCGCAUGGAUUACUGGAAGUCUCCACGUUUAUAACAGCGCUGUAGGCCAGUCGAAUCACCAUCCGGGAGGGUGAGAAGGUGGCGAUCCAUAUUCAGAAUCUCCCAGGACGAACAUAGAAAGAUGUCUCGUUUCCGGCGGAUGUUCGCCACAGGUCUGUUGGUGGCUUUAGCAACCAACUCUAUCUUGUUGCCCUGCCAUGGUAUGGAUGAGGACGUACUGCAGAACGUCGUGUUCAGCCAUGAGCACGAGGAGAAACGUGAUAUACAGUAUGACACUGAUGCUGCUGCUGGUGCUGCUGGUGGUGCUGGUGGUGCUGGUGGUGCUGGUGGUGCUGGUGAUAAUGACAGUGACAUGGAUUUUACUAUCCACAUGGGCAAAGAUCCCAGAGAGAUGGCAACACAUCAUGAAUCAGCUAGCAUUGUACCAGUGGAAGCCAUAACACUGCAAGAUGAUCACAUUCGGGACGGCUAUACCGGGACACUAAGCUUGCGAGUAGCUGCAUUCGGUGAAGAAUGGAUUCUGGACCUGCUGAACAACCCGAUAAGUGCGAGGGUGGAGUCCUACUUUCAUCAGGGCGAUGAUGACGACGGUGCUGACCACAUGGAUGCUUCUGACGACGAUGUGGGUCUCAUACCCAAAAAGCGAGUUGCUGCAGACUGUCACUAUCAUGGACGAAUACGUCACGGUCAUCCGGAGAGCUGGGUAGUUGCCAGCACUUGCCACGGACUUAUCGCGAAGUUCUGGGAUGGCAACGAGACGUACACUAUCGCACCCAUGCAGAUGAAGCUCUGGGGAAAGCACAUCAUGUAUCGUGGCUGCGAUAUGAAGCCCAAAACUCCAGGGACAUGCGGCGCCAAGCAUGCUGAUGGACAACCGGAGAUGUCGCAACAAGGCAGCUUGGACGAGAUGGCCGCCUCUAUGCUUGGCGAUACCCAUGCAAGAAUGAAGCGCCAGACAAUCCUCACAGAAGGCCGUCAGAGAGUGGUGGAGAUGUUCAUCGUGGCAGACAAUCGAUUCUAUGCUAUGUUCUAUCGCAAUGAUGUAGUGACAGUGGCCUACAUUGAAGCCGCAAUCAACCAGAUGGACUUGGCCUAUCGCACGAUCAACUUCCGUGUAGUGAUGGUUAACCUGAUCCUGUUCAACCGGAGGGAUGCGUUUUACGUCACUUCCAAUCCAAAUGCCCUGCUGAGGGACUUCACCAAUUACAUCGAUUCCAUCAGCCAGAAUAUUUCUGUUUCAUACGAUGCCGCUCAGUUCUUGACCGGGAUUAACCUUUCUGGUGAUACAAUUGGCAUCGCUGCGAUUGGUGAAAUCUGCAUGCCUGAAGGAGCAUCGGUUGUACAGCAAAGAACCACCGACGAAGUGGCCGACACUGCUAUCGUCAUGGCACAUGAACUCGGACAUAAUCUGAACAUGCUGCAUGAGGACGGACGGUCCUGCGAUAAUUGUCCGAGUAAUGAGUCAUGUAUCAUGUCGUCUCAUGUCAGUGCGAAUCAGCUGCUUCUGUUCAGUCAAUGCGCCCUGGAUGACUUCGAUAUUUUAACCUCUGCACAGCACUCGUGUUUAGCAUUUCAGGCAGAGUGUGGCAAUGGGUUUGUCGAGGACGGCGAGGACUGUGAUUGCGGUGAUCCUGCGGUGGAUGAGUGCAACAACCCGUGCUGCGAUCAGAUGACCUGCAAGCUAACCAGUACAGCUCAGUGUGCCCAUGGUGCAUGCUGCAACCUUGCAAGCUGUAUGCCGAUGACCAAGGAUACAGUAUGCCGUGCAGCAUCCACCAGCAACACAUGUGAUAUAGAAGAUACGUGUGAUGGAGUGAUGGGGCAGUGUGCGGAUUCGCGGCGGAGGAAUGGACUCUCAUGCCCCAACUCUCCAACAGACCUGUGCUGGGAUGGCAAGUGCUUGACACGGCCCAAUGUGAAACUCUAUUCGGACAAGGUGCUCGAAGCGGCUCUGAGCUGUGCUACGCGCGCAAUGUGGACGGCACGACAUUCGGCAAUUGCGGCGUCUCGAUCUUCUUCUUCUUUAUCACAUACAGAUACCGCUAUGCCCGGUGCCAGCAACAAGACGCCCUGUGUGGCAAGCUGUGGUGCGAUGAAGGAGGCAGCAGGUUUGCUCGGCUGCCGUACUCCGUCUCAACCCAGCGCUUCGAGGCGAGCCGCACAGACAGUCACCAGGUGUUCUCUUGCAAAGGUGCCAUGGUGGUGCAGACUAGCUUCUACUUGACACGCCAGCAGGACACCUACACCGUUGUGAACGAUGGUCAGUCCUGUGGUGAGGAUAUGGUAUGUAUGGAUCAGCGCUGUGUUGAUUUGGACAACGCCACCAACAGCAUACAGUGCCCGUAUCACAACGGCCUGGAAUGUAACGACUACGGAACGUGUGAUCAGUUUGGCGAUUGUCACUGUCGGGCAGGCUUCAGCG